UCCUUUGUAAUCUGCAUGUGGUCCAAAAAAGGGAUAGCAUUUUGAAUUUGUCUGAAUUUAAUGUAAUCAAAACUGAAAGCAAACAAAGUACAGCAAGUAUACCGUUAGUUGCACAUUUCCUGAUUGCUAGCAUUGGAAUGAUCAAAAGUAGCACGAACUUGGUUUACCACUAUGGUUUUGUUCCCCGCUCAUUGCAGCCCCUUGGGCCCCCAUAUUCAACAAAUAUUCAAAUUGGAGCUGGAGUUCUGCGCGGCCGGGUACUGUGUGUUCCGGCGGUGUGUGUUUGUACAUUGUUAAAACCCGGCAGGAGUGCACUAGCUAGGAACCUGCAGGCGGGGCACGGCGGCGAAAUAGCUAGGCUGCGUCCUCGCUCGGGCUCGGCGCCCCGCCCGUCCCUGCCUGGGGCUCCGGCCGUUGGAGCGCCCUGCCCAUUUAAGGAGGCGGACCGUACCACUAGAACUUUCCUGACAGGGGGAAUGCGGGCGAACUCCGGACAACUUGAAGUGAGCCAAAAGAAGGCUUCCUUAACCUGCCAGCGCUGGCCCGCUUUCCAGCGUUGGUUGGUGGGUGCUAUGUUCUUAGCGGGCUUUGAGCGUGAGUCCCUUUGAUGACCUUCUUAGAAUUCGCCCCGAGGGAUCUUACUGCUGUGAAUUCAGACGCGACGUUCCCCGGGCUUGUAAAAAGCGUAUUUCUCCUGCAGAGGCCCCAGUGCCCGGAUGUCCAUCAGGCUUAGUGCAAACCACUGCGGUCAGAGCCCGAAGCUGCGCUGAGGCCGCCGAGGGCUCCGGAGCAGGUAGUCCCGUAACAGUUGCAGAGUCGCGCUGGGGAAUCGUCCCCGCCCGGCUCCGGCAAAUGGUGACCGAGGCGCUGACAGAAGGGCCCGCGGGUUGAAAGCGCUCAUGGACACAGGACAUUUGGCUCUAUAAACUGAAUUAUGGCAGCCCAGUCAAGCUUGUACAAUGAAGACAGAAACCUGCUUCGAAUUAGAGAGAAAGAAAGGCGCAACCAGGAAGCUCACCAAGAGAAAGAGGCAUUUCCUGAAAAGACGCCCCUUUUUGGAGAGCCCUACAAGACAGAAAAAGGUGAUGAGCUAUCCAGCCGAAUACAGAACAUGUUGGGGAACUAUGAAGAAGUGAAGGAGUUGCUUAGUACCAAGUCCCUCCCUCAUCGCUUUGAUGCUUCUGAAAACAGGUUGGGAAAGCCAAGAUAUUCUUUAUUUCCUGACAAGGGGAGCAGCAUUCCAUCCCAUUCGUUCCACCAGCCCGUUAACACUCCUGCCUCUGGACCACUUCCUGUUGGUAACAUUAACCACCAUCCAAAGAUGGCACAGCCAAGAAUGGAACCAGUGCCAAGUCUCCAUGCCAGAAGCUAUGGUCCACUGGACAGCCAGCACCUGACCCAAGAUCGCCUGGAUCAGGAGGCAUUUGGUUCUAGCCAUCACAAAAAAGGUGACCGCCGAGCUGAUGGAGACAGUUGUGCUUCAAUGACAAGCUCAGCUCCAGAGAGGGAGCUCUCUCCUGUACUUUCCUCUUUGCCUUCCCCAGUACCCUCUUUGUCACCUAUACAUUCCAACCAGCAAACUCUUCCCAGGAUGCAAGGAAGCAACAAGAUUCACAGCAGUAACAAUAACAGCAAAGGCUACUGUCCAGCCAAAUCCCCCAAGGACCUUGCAGUGAAGGUCCAUGAUAGAGAGACCCCACAAGACAGUUUGGUGGCAGUUUCCAGCCUUGGGGUAGCCCCUCCCCAGCCUUCUUCUCAGACUUUUCCCCCACCUUCGCUCCCCUCCAAAAGCAUUGCAAUGCAGCAGAAGCCUACAGCUUAUGUCCGGCCCAUGGAUGGUCAAGACCAGGCUCCUAGUGAGUCUCCUGAACUGAAACCACUGCCGGAGGAUUACCGCCAACAGACCUUUGAAAAAACAGAUUUAAAAGUGCCUGCCAAAGCCAAGCUCACCAAGCUGAAAAUGCCUUCUCAGUCAGUUGAGCAGACCUUCUCCAGUGAAGUCCAUUGUGUUGAAGAGAUUUUGAAGGAAAUGACCCAUUCAUGGCCUCCUCCUUUGACAGCAAUACAUACGCCUAGUACAGCUGAGCCAUCCAAAUUUCCUUUUCCCACAAAGGAUUCUCAGCACAUCAGUUCUGCAGUCCAAAACCAAAAACAAUAUGAUACAUCUUCAAAAACCCAUCCUCAGCAGGGAACAUCUACACUUGAAGAUGACCUUCAGCUCAGUGACAGCGAGGACAGUGACGGCGAACAAGCCCCAGAGAAGCCGCCUUCCUCAUCUGCACCUCCAAGCGCUGCACAGUCGCUCCCAGCCCCGGUGGCACCGGCACACUGCAGCAGUGCAGACUCGGAGAGUACCAGUGACUCCGACAGCUCCUCCGACUCGGAGAGCGAGAGCAGUUCAAGUGACAGCGAGGAGAAUGAGCCCCCAGAAACUACAGCCCCGGAGCCUGAGCCUCCUACAACCAACAAGUGGCAGCUGGACAACUGGCUGACCAAAGUGGGCCAGCCGGCCGUGCCCCAGGAGGGCCCCGGGAGCACAGAGACCCCCCGGCGGCACCAGGACAGCCAGGGCAAGGGUGACAGCAACAGCAGCGACACCGCCAGGCACGAGCAUUCGGAAUCCAAAGACCCUCCCCCCAAAAGCCCCAGCAAAGCCCUCCGGGGCCCCUCUGAAGGCCCCCACCCCGGCAAGAGAAGCUGCCAGAAGUCUCCUGCUCAACAGGAACCCCCGCAGAGGCAAACUGUGGGAACCAAACAGCCCAAAAAGCCCAUCAAGACCUCUGUCCAGGCAGACUUGCAGGCGGCUUUGCAGGUAGAAAGUGAGCCAGGACUUCCCCAUGGCUCAAAGGACCAGACCUCCAAAGACAAGCCCAAGGUGAAGACGAAAGGAAGGCCCCGUGCCGGGGAAAGCAAAGAGCCGAGACCAGCGGUGCCCACUCCCAGUGAAAGGAAGAAGCACAAGAGCUCCCCCCGGCCCCCCUCCAAGGCACCCGCAGGCCUAGAACCCACAAAGGACAAUGCGGAGCACAAGAGCCCUGAGCACUUUGCUCUCUUCCCCCUGACUCAGAGCCAGGGCCCUACCCACGGUGGCGGCAGCAGCAGCGGCGGCGGUGGCCGGACGAGUGGCUGCCGACAAGCCGUGGUCGUCCAGGAGGACCGCCGCAAGGAUAAAUUCCCAUUGCCUUUGAGAGACACCAAGUUGCUCUCACCGCUCAGGGACACUCCUCCCCCACAAAGCUUGAUGGUGAAGAUAACCCUUGACCUUCUUUCUCGGAUACCCCAGCCUCCUGGGAAGGGGAGCCGCCAAAAGAAAUCGGUAGAUAAACAGCCGCCCACGAGGAGGAAGCAUGAUUCUGAGAAGAAAAGCUCAGAUAACUCAAGCAAAUUGGCCAAGAAGAGAAAGGGUGAAGCAGAAAGAGACCAUGAAAGCAAGAAAAUCAGACUGGAGAAAGAAACCAAAUCACAGCUGUCAUCUUCAUCUUCGUCAUCUUCCCACAAAGAGUCUACUAAGACAAAAACACCCAGGCCUUCCUCUGAGCCCUCAAAGAAGGAAAUGCUUCCCCCAGCCCCUGUGUCAUCAUCUUCCUCAUCCUCCCAGAAGCCAGCCAAGCCUGCACACAAGAGGCCGAGGCAGGAAGCAGACUCCUGUGGCCAGGACCCUCCCAGAAGUGCCAGUAGUACCAAGAGCAGCCAUAAAGACUCUUCCGUUUCCAAGCACAGAAAAGUAGAGGGGAAGGGCCCUGGAAGCUCUGCGGAACACAAGGGGUCUGCUGGAGAUACAGCAAAUCCUUUUCCAGUGCCUUCUUUGCCAAAUGGUAACUCUAAACCAGGGAAACCUCAAGCGAGGAAUGACAAACAACAAGCAGAUUUUCACAUGAAGGAGGCCAAAAGGUUGAAGCACAAAGCAGAGUCAAUGACAGACAAGGUGGGAAGGGCAUUUAAGUACCUGGAAGCCGUCUUGUCCUAUAUUGAGUGUGGAAUCGCCAUGGAGUCUGAAAGCCCCGCGUCCAAGUCAGCUUACUCUGUAUACUCGGAAACUGUAGAUCUCAUCAAAUUGAUAAUGUCAUUAGAAUCCUUCUCAGAUGCCACACCACCAACGCAAGAGAAAAUAUUUGCUGUUUUAUGCAUGCGUUGCCAGUCCAUUUUGAACAUGGCGAUGUUUCGUUUUAAGAAAGACGCAGCAAUGAAGUAUUCUCGUUCUCUAAAUGAACACUUCACAAGUUCUUCCACAGCUGCCCAGGCACCUGCUCCAUGUAUUGCAAGAAGCACAGGUACACCAUCCCCUCUUUCCCCCAUGCCUUCUCCUGCCAGCUCUGGAGGGUCCCAGUCAGGUGCUGGCAGCGUGGGGAGCAGCGGGAUGGCUGCCCCCGUCAGCACCCCAGUCAGCAUCCAGAACAUGACCUCCUCCUACGUCACCAUCACGUCCCACAUCCUCACCGCCUUCGAUCUUUGGGAACAGGCUGAGGUACUUACAAGGAAGCAUAAAGAAUUCUUUGCUCAGCUCAGCACAAGUGUGUGUGCCCUUGCCCUCAACAGCAGCUUGACGGACCUGGUGCACUAUACAAGACAGGGUUUUCAGCGGCUCAAGCAAAUAACCAAAACACCUUAACAGAGGCCCAAGUUGAUUCAAUGCCUUGGGGACUUUUUUGCACAUUGGAAGCCUCAAAAAUAGUUCAGAUGUUUGUUUCAUCAGGACACCAAACUCUAGAAGAGAAGUACCAUGAGAUAGCGAGGACAUUUGUCCACUUAAAUUCUCAAGAACUGUGAGAUCAUUGGUUGGACACUAUGGUUAUGCAGAAGCAGAGAUGAUCUUGCUUUUCCUAACUGAUGGACGGAAGUGCAGUGUAGCCUAAAUGGUCGUAUGAAUGGUCUAGAAACAUUUCCAUAUUUUUUUAACCAGCAGGAUGAAAGUUGCAAAUGAAAUAAGGUCAGGAGAAGCAAUUUCAACUCUGAAAACAAAUUUAUAUCAUCUCAGAAGCCACACUAGUCCAUUCCCAGAAGGAAAUUUUUUUUUAACAAUGAUUUUUGGUGUAGGGUUUUGUGGAUGAUUUUUGUUGUUGUUGUUUAAGUCUUGAGGGGAAUAUUUGUUUAAUAAAUUUCAGCAGUCAUCGAUAAAACAUCAGUUGUGAAGGAUUCCACCAUACCCCACUUUCUGCCGAUGAACAGAGGCUUUGAUAAUACCAAGUAUUGUCGCAGUUUAUAAAAUUGAAGGACCCCAUUGCCUGGAGUGCUGCACGUUCAGCCCUGCUCUGACUUCUCCGUUACUGUGCUGGAGGUCAGCCCAAAUCCGAGCAGUGGAGAGAGUAGAGAGACCGGAGCACAGGGAGGCAUCUCAAGAUCUCCGCGAAUCUGGCAGGACUUGGCGCCGUGGUUCCACCCCGGGCUUCAGUGAAAGGGGCUAUCUUCACAUGACAGUCGCCAUUGAAUGUGUUUGAAUUUCCUACCAUGGGGAAGAAGGGAACCAACGUUUAUAUCCGAGCAGAUGGCUAAAGUUCUUUUUAAUUUUUGUUUUAAGUCGAGCUGGAAUUUGAGGUGCUGAUCUGUGGUCUGCAGUUACAUGGUAACUCGUGUUGUCUAACCAACUCAGAGUUCUGUCAGUGAACAAAGAAAAAUGAAAUCUACUUCUUAGAGAGGCUAUAUUUUUCUGCUACAAAUUAUUUUAUAUUUAUAGCAAACCUAGACUUUAGAGCCCUUGAUUGUCUAAGGAAAAUUAACUCCUGAGAGUGUUUGGAGAUUUGGAGUGGUUAAUUAGAAUUUUUAAAAAACAGUCACCACAUGCCUUUACUCCAGAGUGUUCUCAGUCAACUAAAUUUUGAUUAGAUUGAAGAGAAACCGUGGCCUUCCCCUAAGUUAUUAUUGUCAUUACUAUAUACAUUAAACCAAGUUCAUUCUGAAUGACUUAAAAUGAAAGAACACAUUGGUAUUCCCACAUGCCCAUCAGCACAGUUUUUCGUUUUCAUUGAAACUUUGAAGGUUAUUAUUGGAAAUAUUAUUUUGGAUGCAGUGUUUUUAAAAGCAAAUUCUUUUUAUCCCUUUUAGUAAGAAGUAGAAUUUGCACAUGUAUUAAAAUUGAAGAGUGUUAGCUCUAAAAUUGUUAAUUUCUCUCCCCUUUUAACCUCUUUUUGCCACUCUACAUGGUCUGUUUCCUACCAGCCAUGUUUGACAUUUUCAUAUUCAUUUAUUAGUGAAGAAGGAAGUGCCAUUUGUUGUUUGUAAUGAAGAAAUCUAAGAUCCAUAUGAUGAGUGUAAGAACUUUCUUGGGUAGUUUGGUAAAUAUGUAUAUUGGUACAUGAUCAUGAUGAACUGGUUUCAUUUACGAUUUUCUGAGGCAAAGCCAUGGUCCUUUUUAAACUAUUUGUUUAAAAAACAACCUGUUGCUAAAUGAACAACAGUUACCUGAUAGGUUGUAUGCUUGUGGCCCUGUAUGUCCAACUCUUAAUGCAGGGGACAAGGCACCGGUGUCAGGCAUAUGUGAUUAUUUAACAUCAUUUUUCCCUUACUUCCUUGGCCAUCUCCAUUCCCUUUUCCCCAUCACUACCUGUACCAGCCACUAUAAAUUUUGAAGGGUUAUAUUCUUUAAGACAGAACUGAUCUGUGCAGAUUGUGCCACAGUGUGUUCUUUCAGCACACCACGAUGCUUCCUUGGCUGAAGACAUUUCCAAGUAGAUUUCUCAGCCAAUUCUGGAAGAACGGAUUGCUUCUUCAGUGGCCUUAUUCUUUGUUUCUUUUUUUCCUGAUCUCUAUAAAAAUUUAUUUGUCCCUUGAAAAACUAAAAAAAUUUGCAUAGAUCAGUAUGUACUAUUUUGAUCAUUGGAUAUUUCUGAUUCUUACAGCAAUGCACAUUGUACUUAAAGAGAAUUCCUAAUGGCUCCCUUUUUAAUAGAGUAUGUAAAAGGCAGUGGUUGAUGAAUCCAUAAGGCUCACAAGGUCUUUUUGCUGUUACAGUUGUAUAUAGAAAUUUAGAGGAUUUUAAAAAAUCAUUUGCACUUUUUCACUGCAUGCUUAAACUUCCAAAGGCAAAAUUUGUACUGAGAGAUAACUGAAAGGGCUACAUUAUAAAAUUAAGUCUUUGAAUACGUGAAGUUAUAACAGUAAUAGCACACACUUCACAGUGAGAUAAAUACAGAGAUUUUAAAACAUCUUAAGGAGUGAAUAUAGAGUGUAAAAUCUUGCCUUUGGCGCUACAGUUUUAUGUGAGAGUGUGCAUGUAUGUGUGUGUGUUUAAUAGGAAAUGGAAAACACUGUUUUACUUUUAAAAGUGUUGAAUGUUUCUGUCCUUUCUGGAAAUAAUUAAAAUGUGAAUGAAUGAACUUCCUAUUUUAGUCAGACUUAGGAGCCCUACUAAACAAUGAAAAACACUUUCCUGAAAUUUACCAAAUUACACUGGGUUAAAAAUGUGAAAAACAUAGGCCACAUGCUAGCGGUGGUGGAGGGGGCAGGUGCAGCCAGCGUGGCAUCAGGAAUAGAAUUGCAAUAGGAUAAUUUGACAUUAUUGAUUGGGAAAAGCAUCUGAUUAUUUUGAAUGAAAGAACCUUUAUUUUAUAGAUCUGUUUUGACCAAAAUGUGUAGCUAUUUCAUCUGGACAGAUUGGACCACAGUUAUCUGUUGUUCUAUAUCCUUUAAUUUCAAGGUUCAGGAUAUUUAGAAGCGAACAAACUACUCCUUUCUGGCUGAAAAGUUGCCUUAUUUGGUAUCUUAAAUAUUAAUUUUAGUAGGAUUAGGAGCUUACUAUUAUUAUUAUUCCUGUUCAAUAAUUUUUAGAAGCAAAAAGGAAACCACUGUGUCCUUCAAAACAAACAAAACUCUUAUUUCUGAUAUAGGGAAGGCUGAGAUUACUGAGAUUAUAUAAACAUGAUAUACGAGAGAGAGAGAGAGAGAGAGAGACAAGGAGAGAUCAAGAACUGAUUGGAUGUAUUUAUUGUAUCUUUGUUGAACAAGCCUCCUUUUGAAUAAUGCUAUAUUUAUCUUGCCAUGGCAUUAGGGGAUGUUAUGUGGGUCUUGUAAUUUUUAUGUUUCUACUUCGUGAUGUUUGAGGUCUCUUUAUGAAUCUUAAGGAAAAUGAAUCAAAUAAGGCUUGAUGUUGGGCAUUUUUUUUUUUUAAAGGAAGUGUACUUUAAAAAAAAAAAAAAGAAAAAAAAAAACCCUUCCUGUCUCCCACUACAGAUUCUUUCUACUUUUUCUUAAUAGUUUCUUUUCCCAGACACUACACAAAAUCUUUGGAAAAACUUUGCCAUUUCAUCUCUGGCACUCUCCACCUCCACCCCGAUUAGCAGUAUUUAAAUCUUGCAAGAAUAUUUUGGGCUUCUUUUAAAAACACAGAAGUAUAGGUUUUCUCACUGGGAAGUGAAAGUUGUGCAUUGUGGCUGUGGAGUAAUGUCAGGAUCGAUUAUGGCGGUACUUGUUCUUUUCCUUUCUCUGGUGGGUUGCCCCUUUUUUGUGUGUUUUUGGUCCCAUUUAGAAUUAAUGGAUGUUAAGAUAUUUUCCUGUGCCUUUUUUAUGUUUUGUCUUUUUUGUGGGGGUGGGGAUGGAGGUAGAGUGGCAGAAUAACAUGAUGUUGGGGAUUCCGCUUCAAAUGUUGCAGGUGGUAUUUCUACCAUGUAAACCUCAAAAAUGCAAUGCAGUUGUGAUGGUUUCUCAGUGACUGAAAAUGCACAUCUCUUCGUGAGUUUUGGGCAUGGGCCAUGCUCUUUUGUUCCUAUUUAUGAUGAGCUGACAAGCACCAUCCACCACCUUUCUAAAGUGGCUGUAAAUUUCCUAUGGUCCAAGGGAAAAUCACACUAUAUUCUGUCCCACUGCAUCAGAUAUCAACAGGUACUGUGAUGGUUAGAGAAGUGCCUAUGCAAGGAGCCUAAGGGGGUGGGGAGGAAGCAUACAGCUCCUGUGAGCCUUUAUAGGACUUUAUCAGCCUGGGGGGACAAGGGAAUAAGACCACUGACAGUAAGGCUGGCCGAGCUGGGCAUGGUCAGAGCGGGCAGUGGCUGACCUAAGGCAGGUAAUUUCCUCUGCUUAAAAGUAGAUGUCUAACUGAUGUUUAACACAGGCAGUAUUAACUUUGCCUCUGUUCAGGCCAUCGACAUGUAUUGUUAAAAUUACUGCACAUCCCCCCCUCAGAUAUCAAGUAUACACUGUUCUUGUCGGUGUGUGUGUGAGUGAGGAGGUAUGUGUGUGUGUCCCAAAUCUUGUUUUAAAAUUUUUUUUUUUUUUUUUUUUUCUGAAUGUGAUCAUGUUUUGGAUGAUACCUGAGCAGGGUUGCCUUUUUUUUUAUUUAUUACCAUUAUAUAUUAUAUUAUAUUAUAUAUUUUUUGCUUUCUUAUAACUUUAGAGGAAAGUCAAAUCUUGGUAUUAUUAAAAUUGUUUAAAAAAGGAAUAAAUUGUCCAGUUGAAAAAUCACUGGCCUAUCUUUAAUAUGAUUUUUUCUUUCAUUACUGUGGAAUAAUGUGCCAGCUGUCUGUUCACCACAAUGAUUUUGUAUGUAGGAUAGGGAAGCAGUGAUGCUCUUGAUGGGAAGAUGUGCAACAUAGAUUAAUAAGGGGGACUCCGUGUAUUUUAUCUACUUCAGCAAUGGAAUGGCAAGUUGGGGGCUUUUGUGAAUAAAAUUUAGCUGCCUUGUACAGUCCUUUGGAAGAGACAUACCUGAUCUGUGAGAGAAUUACCGUUUUCAUUUUUUUUUAGAAGAAAAAUUUACAAAAGAUCUUUCCAAAGACAGUGUGCCACAGAUCUUUUGUUUGUUGUUCUCUAUAAUGAGGAUUAAUUGCUGUUUAAAAAAAAUGCAAUUGACUUGUUCAUCUUCACAUUGUUUCCUUUUCACAAGAGGAUUGAGCUGUAAAAAUAAAUAAAAAUUUAGAGAAGUC